AUGGGCAUUAAAAGAGAAACAAAAAUUCAAAAAAAAGAGAGCUGGAAAAAGAAUUGCAAAAAAGACAUAUAUCAAGCUCUUCAACAAAGAAUGCUUAAGGGUGAUAUUGAGGCCAAAGCUGUUCCAAAAGUGCUUACUAUUCAAAGAUGA